GUGAUACACGCAGCAGUGAUACACGCAGCAGGCGCAAGACUGGAGACAAUCUUUUUUCAUUCUGUUUGACACUGAACGCAAAGUUGCGAUUAAAAAUAUAUAUUUUACAUUGGAUUAUUGGGAAAAUUAACGAAACGUGACAUAGAAGAACAAGAGGAGAGUGUUUACGGUGUGUUGGAGACGGGAGCUCUGGACGUUCAUGAGCUGGACUGCGCCGCAUUUGGUGGGCUGCUCCUAGCUUGGAAAAUCCCACCAUAUCCCUGACAUUUAUUCCCAACUCAACCGGAACGGAGAACUGACACUGAUGUAGAUGCAUUUUAAAGGAAAAACAUGGAAUAAAGGCUGACAUCGAAGGCGUCCUGAAGAAAAUAGCUUUUUUGCUGUUGUUGAAAAAGUACCCUACAGCUUAUUAAUUAAAUAACCUAUACAUUUUUUUGUUGUAGUCAAAAAGAGGCAUAGCCUACUCUAACAACACAUCACAUAAUGUCUGUUCCGAACGUUCUGGCCAAGGCCCUGUACGACAAUGUGGCUGAGUCUCCAGACGAGCUGUCCUUCCGGAAAGGUGACAUCAUGACGGUACUGGAGCGGGACACCCAGGGUCUGGAUGGCUGGUGGCUCUGCUCUCUGCAUGGACGCCAGGGCAUCGUCCCUGGAAACCGCCUCAAGAUCCUGGUGGGCAUGUAUGACAAGGCUGGGCAGCAGCAGUCUCCACUCCCCCAUGCCUCCCAACCUGGCCCUGCCCAGAGCCCGAGCCAGCUGGCCUUCCCUUCGCAGAGUGCCUACACUAAGCCCUCCCCCUCCUCCCAGUACACAGCCAUGCACCCUGCCUUCUCCAACCCUGGGCCUGUCCCCGCCCUACCUGACAGCAUCUACAUGAUGCCCCCCAACCAUGGCAAGUCUUCUUCUUCAAGCCUGUACCAGAUACCCAUGGGCCCCCAAGCCCCACCCAAGGCCCCCAUGCUCUCCCAGAAGAAGUUCCACGCUCCUGUUCAGGACAUCUAUCAGGUGCCUCCCUCAGCAGGAGGGCCUGGUCCUGGGCAGGAUAUCUACCAGGUUCCCCCCUCACUGAACCAGACUCAGGACAUCUACCAGAUCCCCCCCUCCAUAGAGAAGAGGAGCUGGGACUCCUCCAAACCUCUAGGAAAGGUGGUGGUGCCAACGCGGGUGGGUCAGGUAUAUGUGUAUGACACAGGGACGUCAGAGCAGGAUGAGUAUGACGUCCCCCCCAGACACCUGCCUCCAUCCCAGCAGUCCCAGGACAUCUAUGACGUUCCCCCGACCCACGGCCAAUACAACCAGCAGGUGUAUGACACGCCACCCAUGGUGGUGAAAGGCCCCCCCAGUGGCCAAGACGUCUAUGACACGCCCCCCAGUGUGGACAAGAUCCAGCUGUUCUCCCAGCAAACGGUGUACGACUUCCCCCCCUCCGUCAGUAAGGAUGUUCCAGACGCUCCUAUCAGGGAGGAGACCUAUGAUGUCCCCCCCCACUUUGCCAAGCUGAAGAGUCUGGAGAGCCAGAGCCAGGGCUAUCUGAUCCCCGGGGGACCUGAGCCCCCCAUCCCUGAAGAUGUGUACGACGUCCCUCCCCCUCCCCUCACCGGCAAGCGCCACCCAGACGCCUAUCACGCCCCCCUGGGCCAGGAGAUCUACGACAUCCCUGCCAGUCUGAGGAAGGGCGGACACCACAACCCCCAGGAUGUGUACGAUUUCCCACGCGAGCGGCCUGCGUGUGAGGACUCCAUCUAUGAUGUCCCCCCUCAGGUGGUGAGAGACGCGGGUGCCACAGAGGAGAUGACUGUCAGCUUCAAACGACUGUCUGCCUCCAGCACGGGCAGCACCCGCAGCAACCUGUCCACCUCUUCUCUGGACGUGGUGCCAGUCAGGGAGUCGGCGGUGCCCAGCCAGGCCGGCCCGGGGAAGCUGUUGAUCCUAGACCUGGAGCAGGCCAUGGAGCGCCUCUCCCGUCUACAGCAGGAGGUGGAGGGCUCCGUCUCCCUCCUCAUGUCUUUCAUCAGUGGGAACUGGCGCAGCCCCACCCAGAUGGAGGCCAACCUGCCAGCCAUCAGGAAGGCGGUGGACAGGAUGAGGGCGGCCGUCAGGGACCUGCUGGAGUUUGCACGGGGGGCCGUGGCCAACUCUGCCCAGGCCACUGACCGCACGCUGCAGGCCAAGCUGGGCAAGCAGGUGCAGAAGAUGGAGGAAGCCUUCCAGGGCCUGGUCAAGUACAGCCAGGCUCUGGACGCUGUGGGCUGGGCCCCCUCUGCUCAAAUGGCACCCUUAGCAGGCAAUGGUGGGGAUGACCUGGACCGGCUGGUCAUGUGUGCCCGGGGCGUGCCCGACGACACUAAACAGCUGGCUUCCUUUCUCCAUGGCAACGCCUCGCUGCUCUUUAAAAGGACAAACAAGCAGCAGCAGCUUCCUCUGCCUCACGUCCCCCACACUGCUGACCUCAUGGGUCAGAUGACCAACAACAACAUCUCAGCUUAUCAGACAGGAGACGGCAGGGCCAACAUCCAGUCCCGGCCCCUGCCGUCCCCGCCCAAGUUCACGGCCGAGGAGGAGACCCAUGACCGGCCCUACGAGACUACAGAGGAGGGCUGGAUGGAGGACUAUGACUAUGUGCAUUUACAGGGUAAGGAAGAGUUUGAGAAGAAUCAGAGGCAAUUAUUAGAGAAAGGGACCAGACACAACAAAAGCACACUGGAACGGCAGCAGCUGAAACAGUUUGAGCGACUGGAGCAGGAAGUCAGCCAGCCAAUCAACAAUGACAUCUCAGGCUGGACCCCGCCUCCCCACUAUCCAGCGGUCCAGCGGAGCAAGCUGAGCAUUGGCGACCGACAGCUGCUGCUCUUCUACUCGGAGCAGUGUGAGGCCAACGUCACCACCCUCACCAACGCCAUCGACGCCUUCUACUCCUCCAUCAACAACAACCAGCCGCCCAAGAUCUUCGUGGCUCACAGCAAAUUUGUCAUCCUCAGCGCACACAAGCUGGUGUUCAUCGGGGACACGCUCUCUCGACAGGCCAAGUCCCCAGAGGUGCGGGCGCAUGUGGCCCAGCACAGUAAUGCUCUGUGUGACAAACUCAAGGACAUCGUGGUGAGCACCAAGACUGCAGCGCUGCAGUAUCCUUCCCCCGGUGCGGCGCGAGACAUGACGGAGAGGGUGAGGGAGCUGGCCGGCUGCACACAGCAGUUCCGCAUGGCUCUGGGCCAGCUGGUGGCCAUGUGAACCUCUGGUCCUGAGACACUGACAUGGGGAGUCCACACUGGGACACACAGCACCCACACACCCAGUGGGCCACUAUCACAGACACAUGGACCCUUCAUCCUCCUCUUGUGCUUUUUAUUUUUAAAAAGGACAACUAUCUGACUGGGCUGGGCCAUAGGUUGUAAAUUAAUCAUUGUAAAUAUUUAAGUUACUAUUAGCCAGAAAGAAAAUGUACUUCCACUAUAUAUAUGUUUUUGAGACCUUCUGGAAAAACUCAACAGGAUGUAGUUUUUAGGCAAUGUCCAUUAUUAUUAUUAUUGCUAAACUGUAAUUAUUGCUCUGAUUAUUAUAAUUGUUAUCAUUAUUGUUAUAAUACGUUGAUUAAGGAUGUUUACAUUUCAAACAAAAUGUAUGUUGUACUUAAUGCUGUUUUUCAUCCUAGAUUAUCAAUAAUGGUGGAUUUUGUAAAAGUAAUGUACUUAGGUGAGGUGGAGGAUAUGUUGACAGAAAAUAAAUAGCUUUCCUUAGAGCUGUCAA